AUGAAUAACGAAACAGCCGAAUCAGUAGAAGUUGCUCUUGCUGAACAAGCUAAUCCAAAAAAUAUUUCUACAUAUCAACGUUUUUUCAAGACCGGUGAAGGUGAAUAUGGUGAAGGUGAUGUAUUUAUUGGUGUUCGUGUACCUGAUAAUCGAAUUGUGGCUAAACGGUAUAUUACUCUUCCUCUUGUCGAAAUUGAUCGUCUAUUAAACAGUUCAAUUCAUGAACAUCGUCAAGCUGCUAUCUUUAUUCUAGUCUAUCGUUUUUUAGCUGCUAGUAAAACAUCACCACGUGAUGAUAAUCUUCGUAGUGAACUUUCGACCUUCUAUAUAAAUGCACUUAAAAGAGGUCGAGUAAACAAUUGGGAUUUAGUAGAUGCAUCAGCUGAACAUUUAUUAGGUGGUUAUCUUGAAGAUCGACCACGUCAAUUACUUUUUGAUUUAGCUUCAAGUAAUCAAUUAUGGGAAAGACGAGCAGCUAUGAUUGCUACAUUUGCUUUUAUUAAACGAAAAGAUGGAUCAACAACAUUUGAACUUGCUAAAAAACUUUUAAAUGAUUCUGAACCUCUUAUGCACAAAGCUGUUGGAUGGAUGUUACGUGAAACAGGAAAAAGAAUUAGUCAAAAAGUACUUACUUCAUUUCUCGAUCAACAUGCUGCACAAAUGCCACGUAUUAUGCUUAGUUAUGCAAUUGAACAUCUAUCAAUUAAACAACGAACACAUUAUCGAAAUAUUAAAUAA